GCCGGCCAGGCGGGGUCAGGCAGCUCUCCUUCUCGAGGUCAGCGUUGGAGAGAAUGUCUGCAAGGCUGCGGAGGCCCGGGGUGUGUUUGUGUGUGUGCGUCCAGACUCGGUUCUCUGCACCGCCAGCGUCAUUGAGAUUACUUCCCGGUUAGAAGCCGACCGAGUUUGGAAUGAUUUGUGCAGGAGUUUUUGCAGCCACCGCUUGCUCAGAGAAGCAGAGAUGGAUGGAGGUUGGGAAAGGGGUAGAGAGGAGGGAGUUAUUGCAGGUCUGGGUUGUGAGUCGUUUGUGAUUUGAGUGUUCGGGAAAUCUAGUGGAAACGUUGUGGGGGGGAAGGGAGGACCGGAGGGUGGGAGGGAGAGAGAAGGGGGAGGGCGGCAGAGUGCAGUGGGAUCUAGUUGGAUAGGCGAUUUCAGUACUUUGUGAGCAUCGAGGCAACCCAACGUCACUGUGCUCAGCUGAGUUGGCUUGUAUUUCAGAGAGAGAGAGAGAGAGAGAGAGAUAGAGAGAGAGAGACUGACUCUUACCUCGAAUUCGGGAACUUUAAUCCUGAAAGCUGCGCCCAGAAAGGACUUCGACCAUUCACUGGGCUCCCAACUUUCCCUCCCUGGGGGUGUAAGGGAGGAGCGGGGCACUGAGAUUAUAUGGUUGCCGGUGCUCUUGGAGUCUAUUUUGUGUUCUUUGGCGCUUGGCAACUUGGAAGUAUUUAGCGAGAGCAAGCGCACAGCGGAGGAGGUGUGUGUUGGAGGGGGGCCGUCGCCGCGGAGGCUCCAGCGGUAGGUGCGCCCUAGUAAGCAGCAGUAGCCGCUAUUCUGGGUACGCAGUAAACUCCGCAUAAACCCCGGAGCCACCAUGCCUGCACCCCCGCCUCGCCACCGGCUUCCCUGCUAGGAGCAGCAGAGGAUGUUGUGAAUGCACCGGCUUCACCGAGAGAGAGCAGAACCUUGCGCGGGCACAGGGCCCCGGGCGCACCAUGGCCGACGCAGACGAGGGCUUUGGCCUGGCGCACACGCCUCUGGAGCCUGACGCAAAAGACCUGCCCUGCGAUUCGAAACCCGAGAGCGCGCUCGGGGCCCCCAGCAAGUCUCCGUCGUCCCCACAGGCCGCCUUCACCCAGCAGGGCAUGGAGGGAAUCAAAGUGUUUCUCCAUGAAAGAGAACUGUGGCUGAAAUUCCACGAAGUGGGCACGGAAAUGAUCAUAACCAAGGCUGGAAGGCGGAUGUUUCCCAGUUACAAAGUGAAGGUGACGGGCCUUAAUCCCAAAACGAAGUACAUUCUUCUCAUGGACAUUGUACCUGCGGAUGAUCACAGAUACAAAUUCGCAGAUAAUAAAUGGUCUGUGACCGGCAAAGCUGAGCCCGCCAUGCCCGGCCGCCUCUAUGUGCACCCGGACUCUCCCGCCACCGGGGCGCAUUGGAUGAGGCAGCUCGUCUCCUUCCAGAAACUCAAGCUCACCAACAACCACCUGGACCCAUUUGGGCAUAUUAUUCUAAAUUCCAUGCACAAAUACCAGCCCAGAUUACACAUCGUGAAAGCGGAUGAAAAUAAUGGAUUUGGCUCAAAAAAUACAGCGUUCUGCACUCACGUCUUUCCUGAGACAGCGUUUAUAGCAGUGACUUCCUACCAGAACCACAAGAUCACGCAAUUAAAGAUCGAGAAUAAUCCCUUUGCCAAAGGAUUUCGGGGCAGUGAUGACAUGGAGCUGCACAGAAUGUCAAGAAUGCAAAGUAAAGAAUAUCCCGUGGUCCCCAGGAGCACCGUGAGGCAAAAAGUGGCCUCCAACCACAGUCCUUUCAGCAGCGAGUCUCGAGCUCUCUCCACCUCAUCCAAUUUGGGGUCCCAAUACCAGUGUGAGAACGGUGUUUCUGGCCCCUCCCAGGACCUCCUGCCUCCACCCAACCCAUACCCACUGCCCCAGGAGCAUAGCCAAAUUUACCAUUGCACCAAGAGGAAAGAGGAAGAAUGUUCCACCACAGACCAUCCCUAUAAGAAGCCCUACAUGGAGACAUCACCCAGUGAAGAAGAUUCCUUCUACCGCUCAAGCUACCCACAGCAGCAGGGCCUGGGUGCCUCCUACAGGACAGAGUCGGCACAGCGGCAGGCCUGCAUGUAUGCCAGCUCUGCGCCCCCCAGUGAGCCUGUGCCCAGCCUGGAGGACAUCAGCUGCAACACGUGGCCAAGCAUGCCUUCCUACAGCAGCUGCACCGUCACCACCGUGCAGCCCAUGGACAGGCUACCCUACCAGCACUUCUCUGCUCACUUCACCUCGGGGCCCCUGGUCCCCCGGCUGGCAGGCAUGGCCAACCAUGGCUCCCCACAGCUGGGAGAGGGAAUGUUCCAGCACCAGACCUCCGUGGCCCACCAGCCUGUGGUCAGGCAGUGUGGGCCUCAGACUGGCCUGCAAUCCCCUGGCACCCUUCAGCCCCCUGAGUUCCUCUACUCGCAUGGCGUGCCAAGGACUCUGUCCCCGCAUCAGUACCACUCUGUGCAUGGAGUUGGCAUGGUGCCAGAGUGGAGCGACAAUAGCUAAAGCGAGGCCUGCUUCACAACAGACAUUUCCUAGAGAGAGACAGAGAGAGAGAGAGAGAGAGAGGAGAAAGAGAGAGAAGGAGAGAGACAGUAGCCAAGAGAACCCCACGGACAAGAUUUUUCAUUUCACCCAAUGUUCACAUCUGCACUCAAGGUUGCUGGAUGCUGAUCUAAUCAGUAGCUUGAAACCACAAUUUAAAAAAUGUGACUUUCUUGUUUUGUCUCAAAACUUAAAAAGACAAACACAAAAAGCUGAGUCCCACCCCCCACGACCACCACCCUCAUCAACCAGCCACAUUCACACCACUCCCCAGCUCUCUUCCCCCAUUCCUUCUUCUGGGCUCUAGAAAGUCUUGCCUCAUUGAGUGUUUUUCCCUAGUGCGUAGCUGGAGUCUUUCCCUGUCUUGGUGUUAAUGUUGACAUUGUUAUAUAAUAAAUGAUAAUAUAUUUUUUUCUUUCAAUUUUCUUAAUGGGACCCAGUCCCUUAUUUGGGGGGAGGUCUGAGGCAAGUAUAUAUCAAAAUGUGUACUUGCGGGAUUCCCUUCAAGUAAACCACCCCUGAAACCUAAAUUCACCCUUCCCCUUGACUAAGAAAAGCACCUACCUCUGCCAUGCGAUGUUUCUGAAAAGCCUCCCUAUGUCCCCAUUUGCUUUGGUUUUGUCCUGCCUUCUCCAGUAUCACAUGCUCAGUUUUGCCUUUACUUACCCAUAGAGUCAGGCUAACGCUGACGCCCCCUGGCAUCCUGUCUUAUUCAGCCCUACCGUCUUGCCAGCUCUGUCUUUCCAGCUGUCUGUCGCUAAAAUGGCCUAUAGCUUCCCUUCCGGAAAGCUUGCUUUGAAAAACUUAAAAAGCCCCGGUUUACAUGCAGGCAGGACUGUGAUAACAGUGCAAGGUCUGUGUUGACAAGAGUUGUGGACAAAAAGCCAAAAUAAAUAUUCUUCCUGAUUAAAAAAAAAAAAAAAAAUUGAAAAAAAAAACAAGGCCAGCCCAACCUUCCAAACCUCCAUCAUCAACAAUCCAAACUGGAUGUGAAGCAAAAUGCGUAAUUCCUACAGAAGAGGCAAGAUGCGAUCAACGAUGAUGUCUCUCCAAAGAUACCACGCCCACACCAAUGCCGACACAAAACUGUGUUUACUGAAAGCCGAAAACAGUAUUAAAAAAAAGUGUGUAAGUAAAGUGUUAUGGUAGGGUUCUUCAGAUGUAAUAUUUUACUGGUACUAUUUAUUUAUAAAUAGGAAUUCUAAUUAAGUAAUAACAUGAAAUGAAACCCAGCAUACGAGCUGGCCAAGAGCUUUUAAUUUUAUUGAUACUCAAAACCAAGUUUGUGUUUUUUUGUUUUUUUCCUCUUUCGAAUGUGCUUUGCUUUUUUUGAUUAAAAAGAAGUUUUUUUCCUUUUUUUUAAACAGACCCUAAUAAACAGAACAGGGUAAGAUGUGAGGCUGAGUGUGUUUAACUACGUGAGAGAGUGCGAGUGUGUUUGUAAGUGAGUGUCCCUAUGCGAUUAUGUCUUUUAAUGUUGCUAAGGGGGGAGGGUGAGGACUAAGUACUCGUGCCUUAUAUUUGUGUGCCAAUUAAUGCCUAAUAAAUACCAUGUGCUUAAACAAGUA